CAGUUCAUUUACAGCGGACAUUCUUUUUUAAAAAAUAAUUUAUUCGAAUCACCGAAAUGGGCGGAGGAGUCAUGAGGGCGGUUGGGAGGGUCGCCGGCGUCGGAAUUGUGAACGCCACUCUUCGUGGUGGUGUUAACGUUUCACCGCCGGCAUCCGAGAACUCCGUCAUGCGUGUCGCCGCGGCGACUCGGUCGGGUUCUUCGUCCACGAUUGCUGUUUCAAGUGAAGGGGCUUCGUCUGUUGCCGACACGGCAGCUUCGGCCAAUCACAAGUCAUCUUGGGAGUUGGUGGAUGACUGGGAAUUUGCUGGUGGUAUUGAACAAGAUGUGACUUCGGAAGGACCGACCUCCGCCUCCGGCAGAGGCGAACCGAUCGCUCGGGUGUUGUUUGGUGGCGUUCCAAGCCUGGAGGAGACUCAAGAAGCCACUGCUGAUUUGAAAGAUGCACUGGACAAGGUUUACCUGUCAUCUUCGAAUGACGGUGGUGCUGGUCCGGUGUCUGGUGUUUCAUCGCUUUCAAGCUCCGAGGAGACCAAAGAUUGUGUUGCUUACAGUGUUGGAGCCAUUUCAGCACCACAAUCAGCUAUUCAGGCAUUCAAGUUACUCAAUGAGAACCCUGCAGUUCAGUCUGUUGUUGCUUCCAUUGCCGCUGAUCCUAAUGUAUGGAAUGCUGUCCUGACCAAUUCAGCUUUAAUGGAUUUCAUCAAGUCCCAGCAGAGCAAUGAUAAAUUCGAAUAUCAGGUAUCUCCCGGAAGUUCUGAAUCUUCAGUAAAGCUAGAGGAAUAUAAAGAUAGCGAUGGUGGAGAUCCAUUUUCAGAUUUUCUACAGAAAAUCAAGACUAGCGUGGUUGAGAUGGUGAGUAAAGCGACUAAUAUUUUACCCUUUGAUUAAAUCAAGUCUUUUGUU